UUAGCCCUCCUUUCCCUUUCCCCUACCUCUAUCCCACCCUCCACAGCACAUCUUUGUUCUUCUUCACUCCUCCCGUCCUCCAUUGCUCACCAUCUUGCCUCCGCCUUGUACCGAAUCAGCACAAAUGCCCAAUUGCUUCCAAUCUGUUUAAUUUGCUUCUUGUGGCUGCAGACACCACUUUUUGGCCUUGGCGUGCAGACUUUGGAUCUAAUCCCGAUUAGCUUAUCACAUCCUCGCUAAUUGGUAACAUUGGGCAUGGAGUUCUUCACAGAAUAUGGGGAGGCAAGCCAGUAUCAGAUCGAAGAGAUCAUUGGCAAGGGAAGCUUCGGAGUAGUUGCUGCUGCAGUAGAUACCCAAACUGGGGAGCGGGUUGCGAUCAAGAAGAUACAUGAUAUGUUUGAGCAUGCCUCAAAUGGCACCCGCAUUCUUCGGGAAAUCAAGCUUCUUCGGCUUCUCCGCCACCCAAACAUAGUUGAGACCAAACACAUCCUGCUUCCCCCUGCCCGAAGGGAGUUCAGAGAUAUUUAUGUUGUUUUUGAGCUCAUGGAGUCGGACCUACAGAAAGUGAUCCAAGCAAAUGAGAACCUCACUGCAGGGCAUCACCGUUUUUUCUUGUAUCAACUUCUUCAUGCCCUCAAGUACAUCCAUGCAGCUAAUGUAUUUCAUCGUGACUUAAAACCGAGCAACAUACUUGUCAAUUCAAACUGCAAACUAAAGAUCUGUGACUUUGGGCUUGCACGCGCAUCGCGUGAUGAUCCUCCCUUGGCUAUAUUUUGGACUGACUAUGUGGCUACAAGGUGGUACCGUGCUCCUGAAUUAUGUGGCUCAUUUUUCUCCAAAUACACCCCUGCAAUUGAUAUUUGGAGCAUAGGGUGCAUAUUUGCUGAAGUUCUCACUCGAAAACCAUUAUUUCCUGGGACGAACGUCAAGCACCAACUAGAUCUGAUAACAGAUGUCCUUGGAACUCCAUCAUAUGAAACCCUAUCCCAGAUUCGUAAUGAGAAGGCCAGGAUAUAUUUGACUGGCAUGAAGAGGAAACAUCCUAUCCCCUUUCCUAGUAUGUUUUGUAACGCUGAUCCUCAGGCUGUCCGUCUCCUAGAACGCUUACUCGCAUUUGAUCCUAAAGAUCGACCUACUGCUGAAGAGGCUUUAGCUGAUCCAUAUUUUGAAGGAUUUCCUAAUUUGGAACAUGAGCCUUCACCACACCCCUUUUCAAAACUUGAGUUUGAAUUUGAGAGAUGGAAGCUAACAAAGGAUGGUAUAAGAGAUCUGAUAUAUCGAGAGAUUUUGGAGUACCAUCCACAGAUGCUUCAGGAUUAUAUCGGAGCUGGAGGACAGACUAGUUUCGUCUAUCCAAGUGGGGUUGAUGGUAUGAGACUGCAGUUUGUACAUCUUGAGGAGAACCACCUCAGAGGAGAAAGAGGUACUCCACUGCGGAGGCGACAUGCAUCUUUGCCAAGGGAAAGAGUCUGUGCACCAAAAGGUAGCGAUAAUCAAGACUGUAACAAUGAGAGAAGGAGGACAGCAUCUUCUGCUGCCCAAACUACCAUAAGAUCACAACAAGAGGGGCUGACACAUGCAUAUGUUUAUCAAAAUGGCACAAGCAUUCCGAACUUCUGCUCUGGGUAUUACUUGCAGAAUGGUAGUACCAGUGCUUCCAGUUGUGUCAUCGAUGAGCAUGAAGGCCUGGAGGAGAACGGCGUCUCCGAGGAGGAGAAGGUGGCCUAUGAACUGUCACAAUGUUUUGCCAGGAUUUAGCCAGGAUGCACUCCUAAGCAACCAUGAUCCCGACGCAGCUCCAAAUUUCAGCACAAUGGUUCCACCAUGUAGUCUUAUGGGUCCCGGCAGCAGAAUAAACCCACCAGGGCGGAGGUGCUGCGAACUUCACAACAACCAUUUGGAUUAUCCGAAAACAUGUAAUAAAUCUGAGUUGAAAAAUGUUGCGUUGAUCUGCAUCGGUAUACAUCCGGUGUAAAUUGUGUGGGUACCGUACCGUAAGAGCCUAGACCCGAAGAACAUCGUGUGUAAUGUCGUAACAAAAAUUGCAGACAUUCAGUUUGUGAAUUGGUCAA